CGACCCGCACAUAGUGAGUCGUGCCUGUGCUCUUACGGCCUAUCUCGGACUCGAGGAGGCCCUUGUGACUUGGUGACUCGUCUCUGCGUGUGACACUUGAGUGCCAUUAUCACGGCAAGUGCGCCGCGGUGUCGCAAGUUAUUGUGUUAUUAUCUAUAACGAAUGAAUUGUUGAGUUACUGUGGAAGCAUAUCGCAGGACAAGCGAGAUAUAUUUUCCCUUAGCUUCUGAAUCUCGGUGCCGACGAGGUCCCUGAAGCCCAGGAAGCUCGAAAACUGGUUAAUAACAUUUGAAUCUACUCUUUCAAAGUCAACGGUAUUUGUGACUUUCCGAACGCUUUUCUGAGCUCUGUGGCCGUUGCUGAGAUCUCCGGCUGUUUUGAGCCCAUCAAAUCGCGGAGGAGAUCCUUAGAACUCCCUGAGUAAGACUUCGGCGAACGAGCGAAGGAGGAGAAGGAGGAGGAGGAGGAGCAGCCCGAGACGCCUCGCGAGGGCUGCGUGCGAGGAUGGUGAGGCAGCGGGGAGCCUCGGUGCGGAAAGAGCAUCGCCUGCUGGAGGUCGAGUCUCCCCACGACCUUGCCCUCUGAGGCCCUGGCCUGAGGACCUCCCUCGGCGUCCGCGGCGGGACGAGGGGGACCUGUGAUUGGGUCUCCUCGCAGGGCCUUUGCAAGGACCUUUUAGUUUUCUUCGGAGAGAUAGCGAAAGUCUUCAGGAUGGUGGGCCGACUGAUGGUUGAGGACGAAUACACGAUCAACGUGAAAGUGCGCCGCCCGCUGGGGGAGGAGGCGUGCCUGGCCCCGCCCACGAUCACCAUCACACCUGACUCGUCCCUCAUCACCCUCACGCCCCCUGACAACUCUACCCUCACCUACGCCCACGCCUCCAAGAGUGUCAAUGGCUCAACGCCCAUGGCAGUUGGCUGCAGCACUCUGCCCCGCAGCUCCGCCUCCUCGCGUGGCUCCUGGGCCACGCUGCCGCACCCGAGCCGCCACGCCGCCGGCGCCAAGCCCAGCGGCAGCGGCCUCGAAGUGGCGCUCGCCAGCAAGGCGGACCCGCCCGCCAGGAACUACGUGGGCCUUUCUCUGAACAAAAGCCUGGGGAAGCAAGUGUACGGCGGCGAAGAGGCUCUGGCGCUCCGGCAGCAGCAGAUCAUGCCGCCGCCGCCCCCUGAGCGCCGCGCGCCCCCAGGGCCGCUGCCACUGACGGCGCCGCGGUCGCCGUGCUCGCCGGACCUGCCUCUGUCCCCGCCAGCCAGCGUGACGCACGGCUGCCUACCGCUCCCCAUCAUCCAGGUCUUCGCCGACGACAGCAGUCACGUGGCCACCAACAGGUUCGUCGCGCCCCCGAGAGCAGUGUCCCCGCACGAGGGCGUGAGGCGGCAGGGCUCUCCGCGGCCCGUUGACCGCGCGGCCAGCCACACUGCCGCAGGCUGCCUGUACGUGCCGCGGAUUCCCGAGCAUUGCAAGUCAGACAACGGCAUGCUGUACGUGCCGCCCGUGGACGAGCAGAACCUGCGGCAGUCCAAGAAGGACGGGCCGCCGGCCAAAGGGAACUCGCGGCGCAGGAAGGCCAUCGAGGCCAGCCCGGACUCGCAGGCGCUGACGCCGACCGGGGCGCCCGCUCUCCUCCCCGGCAGGGAGCACGCCUCCUCAGACGUCUUAGCACGGACGCCUCCGGACGCCGUGCCCCCGAGGACGGCCUCCUCCAAGGCUGCCGCUCGGGCUCUUCUGGCCGGCGUCUUGGGGCCUCGGAUGGACCUCGGAUCCCCCGACGGCCUCGGCUGCAACACGCUCAACAGCAACCGCAACUACUGCAACAUCGAGUUUCGAUCUCCGUCUCCCCGCCAGACCUUGCGUCAGAUUUGUUACAACAACGACGACGACGACGACAGCACCAACAACAACCGCAACAACCAGUACUUGGCUGAAGAAUCCUACAACAACAGCCUCAACACCUACAAAAGCAACCGGCCUUCCCCCUUCAGCAGCCCCGGCAAGCGUUCGCCAGAGAAUGAAGAAUAUAUCAUUAUCAAGGAAGCUAUUCUUGUUACAGAAGGUGUAAUGUUUGUCCCCAGAGCCAUUAAGUAUGUGACAGCCAGUGCAGACCGUGUUGUUGUUUUCUUGCGAGACAUUUUCCGCAUACACGGGCCAAGUGCAGCCUGCUCUGUACCGCGACUGUUAAGAUCCAUCAGCGUAGCACUUGCACAUGUCCUGCAGGAUCUGGCGGUGUCCAUUCUCGUUCGCCCCCGAUUUAAGAAACGAGCAGGAGUGGGUGAAGACUAG